AUGGCUACUGUGAGCGGUUCUUUCAGUGCUGACACCAAUAUCAUUCUUGAUAUUGGAGAAAUCUUACACGAACGAUAUCGAGUACUACAGCAACUGGGUGCUGGGCGCUAUUCAGCUAUCUAUCUAGCGCGGGACCAGAAGGAACUAUCUUACAAGGCAAUAAAACUAUUGAGGGAAGAUUGCUAUGACGGAAAACAUGAUCUCUUUGACCGGUCGGGUACUCAGCAUGUCUGCCUUGUAAUGGAGCCAAUGGCAGAAGACAUGAAGACCUUCCCCCUUUUCUUUGAGGGUGCCCGGAUACCUAACCACAUCAUGAAGAAAGUAACGAAACAAUUACUAUCUGCCCUGGACUACGCACAUGCUUGUGGUGUCAUCCACACAGACAUCAAAGAAAGUAACAUUAUGGUGAAAUUCCGAAAUCCAGCUAUAAUCGAUAGGUAUUUGGAAGAUUCCUUGGCAAACCCAGCUGCCGAUCUUGGAGAGUACAACUUCGAUGAUGCUUCUGAGUUGGUUCAGGCGGAUGUUGUACUAGGUGACUGGGGAUCGGCGAGUUGGGUCGAGAAGCAUCUGACAGACUUCAUUCAGCCUACAUUACUUCGUGCGCCCGAGGUUAUACUUGGGGCACCCUGGGGAACCAAGGCAGAUAUUUGGAAUCUAGGUGUCCUUCUACCCGAGCUCCUGGAUGCCUUACGCAUGUUCAAUGGUAGGGCGGAUGUUACAGGUGGUGUUUACCUUACCAAGCACCACCUUGAGGAAAUCGAAGCCCUGUUUGGUCCCUUUCCUCCCGAAUUGUUGCAAUCUGGAGAUCCACAAAUUGUUCAACAGUUUUUCGACAAGGAGUUCAACUUCCGUAAUUGGACCCAGAGACCACCAGCGGUACUGGAGAGAUGGAUUGAGAGUAUUGAUGGCCCCGAAAAAACCAAUUUCCUUUCAAUGAUACGCUCUAUGCUGGUUAUCGAUCCAGAACAGCGAAUGACCGCACUUUCUCUUCAAGAUGCGCCGUGGCUUAGUACAUAG